AUGGGACCUACGGGCGGAUGGCCAUACACAAUUUCAACGAAUGCCACAGAUGGCAUGUUCAAGCUCUCCCUGAACGAGGGCUUCCAUGCGAUCCAUCACUACCGGAGUUCGUGCGUGGAAAAAGACAGGGCCAUUCCUGAUCAGCUAUACUUGUUCCUGCUAAAGGUCGUGCGGGAGUCGCAUGGCUGCGUUGUCACCGCAUUCUAUGUACACCGUGCAGUUGCCGUCGACGAGUCAGCGGUGGCAUCAGAGUGCCGGCUCAAGCUUGCUUACGAGAGUCCUUGCGGCAGCUAUCGCCAGGAGUCUACUUUCAGUGUGGCCUGCACUGAUCUCUUCGGCGGGCUGCCUUCUUCCGACGACUACUUCGAGUUCGUUCUACCAAAAUCCAUUCAUGCACUCUGUCCGGAUACUAUUGAGAUCUCAGUUAGUAUUGACAUCAAUGACUAA